UUGCAAGUAGCAUAAAUUUGUCAAUACAAACUCUAGCUACAGAUAGCACACAAUUUAUAUACUCUGGCUCUCUAGCAUUAUCAAUGACAAUGCAAAGUCUAUAUGAUAAAUGUCUUUUUCUUCAUGUUCGACAUUCUCUAAGAAAAGUGUUUGAGAACUUGGUAUGGCAGAUUAUCAAAUAUGAUCUCAAUUCAGCUGAUGAUAUCGAAUGGCUUCAAACGGCUACAAAACACUUUGGUGAUUUUCGUAAUAAAUUAAUUAAUAAGAUUGAGAUUCCUAUAACAAGUUCUUUACAAAAAGAAGUUGUCGCAUUCAUAGAUGAAUUUACAAUUAUUCAG